GGACGCGUAAAAUAUUCCCCCAGAGCGCAGCGCAGGGCAGAGACUCGGACCGCGCGGAGGACACAGACCGGGGCCACACGGUGGAUUUCUAUCGUUUUCGUCGCUACGGACCCGUCCAUUUGUCAAGACACCCUGGCCACAUGAACAGCGACAUAUAACCAGGACGUGUAGCCAGGAAACAGGUCAAGGAAAACCUGCGGGGAUCCAGCAACGAGGAGGCUGCCCUGUGGAGAUAGUGCCCAUACUUCCAACUUCCUCAAGUGAAGUCGGAGGUGUCUCUCUUCUCCAUCCCCUGCUUUAGGCUACCUGCUGCUGCUACAGAGGAAACUACAUCCAGAGAGCACUGGAUCGCUUGAGAGCACCCUUUAUGUUUUAGGGAUUUUAGGAUCUCUCAAAUAUUAACAUUUUUGCACACCAAGUGUGUUAUUUCCUCUCUUGUCCUUUUUGGGAUAUAUACAGUUAUCUUUUUUUCUGUUUUAGUACUUAAGUGCCUUAAUAACUGGUUAUAACCCAGUGUAACUGUGGCAUUCUUACCAGACCAGAGACGCUCAACAGGGAGAAGACGAUUACUAUCAGCUUUAGAACUCAGGCAGGAUUACUGGUUCCCCACCCUCCAGCGAGCUGCAACCAUGAGCCAGGCGGAUGUGUCGACUUGCUCUGCGCCGCAGAGGGUUUUCCAGGAGGCGGUGAAGAAGGGCAACACCAAGGAGCUGCACUCGUUGUUGCAGAACAUGACAAACUGCGAGUUCAACGUCAACUCCUUUGGGCCAGAAGGACAGACGGCCCUCCACCAGUCCGUCAUUGACGGAAACUUGGAGCUGGUAAAACUGCUGGUGAAGUUUGGUGCAGAUAUCCGGCUGGCCAACAGGGAAGGGUGGAGCGCUUUACACAUCGCCGCCUUCGGGGGCCACCAAGACAUUGUGCUAUACCUCAUCACCAAGGCCAAGUACUCCUCUGGCGCCCGGUGAUCUGUCUCUGCUGUCAGGUAAAAACUGAAGAAAAGAGAAAUAACAAAACAACAACAACAAGUAGAACAUAAAACUGCAACACAGGGGAAAGCCAGGCUCUUGUAAAAGCAAAAAAUAUUAAAAAUUAAAAAAAAAAAAUUGCCAUUAUCUACAUAGUUGUGCCAAAUUAUACGAAAAGGAAAUAAAAAAUAGACCUGCACAAUAAUCUUCCCUCACUGUAAACCAAACGGGGCCCUCUCUGCACUCCUGAGUGAAGCACCGCAUGGUUCACUCACACACACACACACACACACACACACACACACCACAGCUUCUUCAACACGAAUCUUUUAACAAAAAAGAAACGCCAUUUCGGUGAGUUUGUUGGUACUAAAGCUUUCCUCUUGAAUGUGUAUACUAGAUCGUGU